GUGAACUGUGGGAACGUUUUGAACUCCUUAGAAGGGAUCAGUGAAAGUAACCAGGAAAAGCCAGCCAGAAAAGUUUUUCAGUGGAGACUGUGGGACUGUUCUUCCUUGGCUCCUGCUCCGUGAGAUCAACUAUGGAACACACUCAAGAACAUGAAGCAUGUCUUGAGCAAACCCGGAGGUACUGUGUGGAGAGACCAAUAUAUAACCAAGAGCUCUUGCAAGGACAGCUGCACAGACGAGAAAGAACACCUCAGACUUUAAGGCAGAAGAUUGCACAUUCUUGUCGUUGUUCUUCUAAGAAAGCCAAGUCUCAUCUUUACAGUUUCUUACCAAUUUUAAAAUGGCUUCCCCGUUACCCAGUGAAGGAAUACUUAUUAGGAGACAUUAUCUCAGGUAUAAGCACUGGGGUUAUGCAGCUUCCUCAAGGUUUAGCCUAUGCUUUGCUGGCAGCUGUUCCCCCAGUAUUUGGCCUAUAUUCUUCGUUUUAUCCUGUCUUUCUAUAUACUUUUUUUGGAACCUCCAAGCACAUAUCAAUAGGCACCUUUGCUGUGAUUAGUAUGAUGGUUGGCGGUGUUGCUGUGAGACAAGUGCCUGAUGAAAUUACUUCUGUAGGCUAUAAUUCUACUAAUGUUACAGAUUCCUUUGAUUACCAUGAAAGGGAUACCAAGAGGGUACAGGUAGCUGUGACUCUCGCCUUCCUUUCAGGAAUUAUCCAGUUGUGUUUAGGUCUGCUUCGAUUUGGAUUUGUAGCCAUCUAUCUAACGGAGCCUCUGGUGCGAGGAUUUACUACUGCUGCUGCAGUUCAUGUCUUUACUUCUCAGUUAAAGUAUCUCCUUGGCAUUAAGACUAACCGAUACAGUGGACCCCUCUCAGUUGUAUAUAGCAUAGCUGCUGUGCUUUCAAAAAUAACGACGACCAAUAUUGCUGCAUUGAUUGUUGGAUUAACAUGCAUUGUUCUAUUGUUGAUUGGCAAGGAAAUCAAUCUCCGCUUUAAGAAGCAGCUCCCAGUUCCUAUUCCUAUGGAGAUCAUUGUGGUAAUUAUUGGCACAGGAGUUUCAGCUGGAAUGAAUCUGAGUCAGUCAUAUGGAGUGGAUAUUGUUGGGAGUAUUCCUCAAGGGUUACGUCCACCAGCAGUUCCUGAGAUUCAGCUCAUCCCAGCAAUAUUUGUGGAUGCAAUAGCAAUAGCAAUAGUUGGAUUUUCAAUGGCUGUGUCAAUGGCCAAGAUCUUUGCCCUUAAACAUGGUUACACCAUUGAUGGGAAUCAGGAACUUAUUGCCUUGGGAAUAUGCAACUCUGUGGGGUCAUUUUUCCAAAGCUUUUCAAUCACUUGCUCAAUGUCUCGGAGUCUUGUUCAGGAAAGCACCGGUGGGAAAACUCAGAUUGCAGGUGCGCUCUCUUCAGUUAUGGUUCUGUUGGUGAUUGUGGCUAUUGGAUACCUCUUUGAACCGCUUCCACAGACAGUGCUAGCUGCAAUUGUAAUGGUGAACCUGAAAGGAAUGUUUAAACAGUUUGGAGACAUCGCGCACUUCUGGAGAACCAGUAAAGUUGAACUGGCCAUCUGGGUGGUAGCUUUUGUGGCUUCUCUUUUCCUGGGACUAGACUAUGGUUUGCUUACUGCAGUAGCGUUUGCAAUGAUAACCGUUAUUUACAGAACACAAAGCCCUCAAUACAGAAUCCUUGGUCAGAUUCCUGACACUGACAUCUACUGUGACGUGGAAGACUACGAAGAGGUUAAAGAAUAUCCUGGAAUAAAAAUAUUUCAAGCUAAUACAUCACUUUAUUUUGCCAAUAGUGAGUCGUAUACAGGUGCACUAAAGAAAAAGACUGGAGUAGACCCUUGUGCCAUAUUAGCAGCAAGGAGAAAAGCCCAGAAGAGGCAUGCCAGGGAAAUAAAGGCGGCCAGUCAACUCAGGAAGAAAGCUGUGUUGAAACUAGUGAGUUCUUCGACUAACGACGUGGAAGCAGGUGUAAAACACGAGAUAGCAAAUGACGAGUUACCUGUAAAUGGAAAAUUUGCAUCUGCAGAUGCUAGUGUACAAGACACGUCUCCUGAUGAGCAUGAACACUUCGUGGAACCCAAAACAAACAUCCACUCUUUAAUUCUGGAUUUCGCCCCGGUGAACUUUGUGGAUUCUGUUGGAGCAAAAACAUUAAAAACUAUUAUCAAAGAAUACAAAGAAGUUGGUGUCUGUGUCUGUAUUGCCAGCUGUAGCGGCCCUGUUAUGAGUGAGCUGACAAGACUGAAUUUUUUUGAUAACACUGUAACGAGAGAGUCGCUGUUUCACAGCGUUCAUGACGCUGUCCUUGCUUGCCAAGUGAGAGACGGCUCUGCUUCGCAGACUGACUUUGACCUCUGAAGAGUGGCAUCGAGCAGAAUGGAAGCCAGAUUUAUGCUGAUGGAGACUCUUUCUGAAUAUUUAAUUUGCACAGUUUAAAGAGAGCCUAAGGCUAUUUGUAUCUACGGGUAUUGGGUGGUGCUUAUUUUCUGUAGGAAGAGUGGAUAAGGAAUUGGAAGCCUUCGUGCUCUUGAAUUUUUUCCUUCAAUCGGGGUAUAGCCUUCCAAUGACAUACAAGCGCAAAAUUACGCAAGACAAGAAAAUUCAGUGUAUUCUGCUGCAGUUGGAAUCUGAUAGACAAGGUGACAUUCCUAUUCCUGUUGAGAAAAUGAGCACUUUAACUCACCACAAGGUGGGAUCUUGCAGGAAAUCACUGUUCUGCAAUCACAAUGCACUGUACCAGUGUCUUUAAAGAACUUUCUUGGAUGACUUUUAAAGCCUGAUGUCAACAUCUGCGUGCAACAGAUUCAUAUAAAUUAUAAUAAUCUGCCAGCUGGAUUAAUGAAUUCACACUGGUGGCAUUUAGCUGCUGCUCUUUUUAAACCCGGAUGGUACAGUUAUUUUUUUAAACUCUGACCUGUCUCAACUACACUGAGCUCUUCAUUGCCUGAACAUUUUCACUCUCAAAUCAGAAACUUGUCAUUUAGUCAUUAUGUUGUCAGUAUGGUACUUUCACUGCCAAAGCCUAGUUAAUGCUUUCUAGGCAAGAAUACAGUGAUUUUAAGCUAAAAUUAGUUUAGCUUCAAAGUCUGAAGACAAAACUGGUUUAAGGCAGGAGUGAAGCCAAUUAAAAUUAAAUUAAGAACUGAUGCCCCCCUAUAUGCAGUCUCUUUAAGCUGGAAUAAAAACACAGACAAGGUCUAAAGUCUCAGCAGUCCAAAAAAAAAAUAUAAACAAGAAGUACUUUUCUGCUGCCUGAGGUAUCUUCCAACCAGCAGUGCUGCUUCUGCCUCAGCUUUCAAUUUUUCAAAAAUGUUAUGUGUUUGGGCUGCUUUUCUCUUGUCUUUGCAACCUGGCCGCUAUGGUACCGUUUUAACUUCUGGUGCCAGACAAAAAACACUGAAAUGCAAUUCAAGCAAAAGCGUAAAACCUUCAAUGCCUGUAUUUGCCUAAUGACAAUCACUAUGAAUCUGAGCAGAAGUAGGAACCUAAAAGUGUCCCUGUAGGUUAUUUUGACCGCGUGGAGCGUCAGUGACAUUUCACUCGGCACCCUCGUCCUGUGCCUAAGGGAACUCGGAGGACUUCCUCUCUUCCCAGUGCAGAACUUAAUACUUUCAUUUUGCUUCAAGCUCCUCUGUGAUUAGGGCUUGCUUCAGGUCAGCCGAGUUUCCCAAGAACUGGGGGCAGCAGGGGAAGAUGUUUUCUUUCCUCAGACUCCCCUGCCACUAGGGGUAGGAAGCUUUCUGCAUCAGAAAUUGCUGCUUAGCUGGAGUGUGAAGGGUGAAUUGGAUGCAUGUUAACACGGUGUGCGCAUUUGUUUAAACAACUUUUGUUACAUUUUAUAAUGUUAACUAGUUUAACAAGGCUUUGUAUCUACAUACAGUAUAUUUUUCUACUUUCAGCUUGUCACAGCUUCAGUUUUUAACUACGCAGUCUCUUCAGUUCAUGUCAGAAUCCUGUCAGCUUCUAAAAUA